UUAUACACUAAAAUGACAUACUUGUGCUAGUAACAUAUAUACUUUUUUGCAGUUUGUAAAAUUAUUCACCCAAUCAACAGAGGAACAAACUAUGCGUAAAAAGAAAAAAAGUUUCGUGUUAAAUGGCGAUAGAGAAAUGGCUUUAACAAAGAUGUAACAAAUCAAGAAGUAAACAAAAUGGCAACCGGAGGUCAACCACAGACGACAGACAACCGUGUAUUUUUGUUUCGGUUACAAAUACUAGUCAUUGAUGGCGGCCUCCUGGUAUUGAGAAAUAUACUGGAUCAGUCCCUGACAUCUCAAUGCAUAACGUUCAGUGCGUGCUUGAAUCAAGAAAAGUCAACAAUAACACAUUUGAAAAGCCGCGGCGUUAUAACCCAGGUCCAAUAUGACGUGUUGUUUCCAGCGAGUGGUAAAGUCCCAACAUCGUCAGAUUUGGACAUCACGCUUAUCAUUUGUCUCCUUAGAAACCUGAAAUGUUUUGGCUUAAAUAAAAAAUUUGACUGGAGGGUAACACCAGCACCAACCGAUGUAACAAUAGAGGCAGACAUACGUAGGUUAAAGGAUUUCCGAAAUAAAAUAAGUCAUAUAUCAACAACGACUGCAAUACAACAAAAUGAUUUUACAGCUUGGUGGAAUGAUAUUGAACAGAUACUGAUUCGUCUAAGUUCUCCAGCAUUGAAUAUUCAGCAAACAAUUGCCGAAUUUAUAUCUUGCCCUCUUGAUCUGGAAGAAGAGAGAAGGAUACAGGAAGAAAUAAAAAAGUGGAAGGACUGUGAAGCCGAUGUUGACCGACUGAAACUAGAAAUGACAGACGUGAAAGAAAAUGUAACUGAAGUGAAGAAAGACUUUGAAGACAUAAAGGUAAAUUUAACGGAUGUGAAGAAAGACCUUGAAGACGUAAAAGAAAAUGACACUGCAAUGAAGAGAUACAUUGAAGACAUAAAGGAAAAUGUAACUGAUGUGAAGAAAGACAUUGAUGAGAUCAAAAGAUGGCAAGGGACAGAGAAAAAUAACGAAACCGAUUCACCAGUACAAACAGAGGAGAGAAAAUAUCAAAAUUACAAGAAGGAGCUGAAAGAUGGUCUUUUUGAAUUCUACAAAACAAGACACAGUAAAAUUUUCCUGUCGCCUCUUUUUGAAGAGAAAGACACUCCAUUGACUAUUUUCUAUAUCAGACCAGAACUGAACUCAGAUGAUAAAAUAUUACAAGGUGAAUCAUUGUUGGAGAUGUUUAGAACUGAAACUAAGCAUAAUCGAGAGAUUUAUGUAGUCGCAGAUGCUGGAGUCGGAAAAACUGCAUUUUCAAAGUAUUUAGCUAACGUAUGGUGUCAAGCGCAUUACCCGGACAAAGACAUGAAUACAUAUUUGUUAAAAGAUGAUAUAGGCUGUAUGCAAGAAUUUAAUUUCUUAUUCCUAGUGUUGUUGCGAGAUGCGGACGAUUUAUGCUCUAUAGAUGAUCUCAUAUUUGAAAAGAUUGUUUCAAACUUGGGUCUAGAACAAAAGUUUCCCGAAGAUGUCCUGCUCAGAAUUUUGAAAAAUGAGAAAUGUCUCGUUAUUCUUGAUGGACUUGAUGAAUGGAUCCACCCAGAGAAGAAAUGUUACAGAUCGCCACGAUCAAUCCCCCAUAGAAAUGACCGAGAAAAGUGUACAAUACUGACCACUACGCGACCAUGGAAAUUAGGACUUUUGAAUCUAAAUUCGUGGCAAAUAGGAGAAAAGGUAGAACUUACAAAACUAAGUAAAAAGUCAGCAGUUACACUAACAGAAAGGAUAUUACAAAGAUUGAAAUCUUACCCGAAUAAGGAUGCAUUACAACGUGAUGUCACAACGUUCAUAUCAGAAAUCGAAAGCAGACAAGGCGAAGAACUUACUUUUGUGCCCCUACUUUUGAUAUAUACAAUUUGUUUAUGGUGUGACGGUGUUCAAAUAGGAAAUUCAAAGUGUGAACUGUAUAUAAAUAUAGUAGAACUGCUCUUAUCAAGAACGAUUCAGAAGCAUGGAGAUCUUCAACAAGUUUGUGACCUUUCUGAUAGUGACACCCAAGAAUGCUUUGCUGAACAUGAAAACUGUACGAAAUACUACCCACUCCUUAUGUGUUUAGGGAAAUUAGCCUAUUAUACGUUAUUCAAUGAAACAAGAGAAAACACGCUGGUAUUUGAUGGAUCAGUUGCUAAAAAAUAUCUCACACCAGACGAGAUGAAAUUCACCCUUCACUCAGGAAUGUUGUCAGAAAGUACAACAAAAACACUAACAAAAAAGUUUAGUAAAGUAUCAUUUUCCCACAAAACAGUUCAGGAAUUUUUUGCUGCAAUAUUUGUAAGUUCUGAAAAUGAGGCUCAGAAAUCUUUGAUAGAAAAAUGUAGAACUGUUCAAGACAUUCUGGACAUGUCACAAAUAUAUGAAUUUAUAUGUAAAAUGAAUGCUGACCUGAUGAGUGCAAUAUCAAAUGAUGUGAUGUCUGUGAUAAAUGAAGACGAGAAAACACGCCACUAUAGAACUAGGACAGGUAAAUGGAGAUUGAGUGACAUAUACAAUAUUCCAUUGUAUAACUUACAGAAAAUGUUCAUGUCGUGUUUACAAGAAAUGCCUGAAAGUGAAAAUAUUCAAUUAUGUUUACAAGAUUUCUUCAUUGACAAGAAAACCGAGGACAGUGAGCAGUUACAACGUAUGUUUAAACAAAAUAAAGCCAACAUAAAAUCGCUUUAUAUAUACAUCAGUAAUACUUCCAGCAGUUUACGUGAAAUUAUAGAUUUGUUCUCUCUCACAGAUCUCAGUAAUGUAUCGAAACUUUACUAUAAUUGUGCCAGGCAGAAGGAGGCUGAGAUAAAUCUGAUAUUGUUUCCCAGUUUACAGGCCGUAAAUUUGAUGUGGGGUGAAUGGACAAAAAAUCUGAGUAAAAAUUUACCGCGAUUACAAAACUUACAACAUUUAUAUAUUACAGAGUUCACGUUAUCUCACAAAAUACUGGAAACAAUUUUCAAUUUUAUCUCCGGUCAAAAAUCAAUGAAAGAGUUAACAUUGAGGGGGUUAGACUGUAAAAAUCAUGGCCGCCAUAAUUGUAAGGGAUUGAACUUGGACUUGUCUCAACAUUCAACUCUAUCAAAGUUAGACUUGCGGUGGUUACCUUGGAGGCUACAAUUAAAAAUAUCAACACCGUCAAUAGUUAAUGUUAGGUUAGAAUUCAUCAAUCUAGAUAAAAUUUCAAUAUUGUCACGUGACAUGUUGAAUAUUGAACGUGUGAAGUUAUACAUGAUAGAAAUGCCUGCAGAAAGUCUACAGAACUUUAUUACCGUGCUUGAAAAUCUGCCGCAGUCAGUAACAGUAGAGAUGACCGCCGUUACACCGGAAACAGAAUAUAAAAGUGUUAGAGAAAACAUUUGGAGAUCACAAACUUUUCAUGUGAUACACGACUACGACGACAAUGAUGACUUUUGGGGCAUUGAGUUCAAAACCAUAGGAGUUUUAUUUCGAAACCAAGUGCCUAUGUUGCAAACAAGGAAACAAAGUAAAGGGAAAACAUUGUACAAUAAACUGAAGAAUUUUUUUCAAUAAUUAUGCCCCCUUCAAAGAAGUGGGGGUAUAUUAUUGUUUUGCAUUUGUCUGUCGGUCGGUCUGUCGGUCCGUAGACCUUAUGGUUUCCGAGUGAUAACUAAAGAAUGCUUAGGCCUAGGAACUUCAGAUUUUUUUUGUGUAAGCGAUCCGUUAGCCAUGGCAUCUUUUAGUUCAAAUAACGUUUCCUAAUCAUUGUGAAAGUGUAAUUUGUACGGAUUAUAAAGGGACUUUUAUCAAAUAAAGGUACGAAUUUUCGUCAAACAUUACUUAAAUUGAUUAAAAAUGAGUAUUAACAACUCGGAUAGUGAAUCUAUUUCGGAUGACCGUGACGAACAACACGAGGCUUCAGUUGGGGUUCCAACUGUUUAUUUAAAAGAGUAUGAUGUGUUUGGAUGGCGCAAACCUGGCAAGCCAUUACAAUGGUUAGAACCAUCUGAGAUCUACACUGAACUAAUUAAAGUGGUGGUACCAUGUUAUAUAAAAGGAUUGCAAAGGGUUCGAGGUAUGUGGCGGAUCCACUUUGCAACCCUCAAUGACAAAGUUAAAGUAACUGUAAUGGCAAGUGGGAUACACCUUAGGGGAAGGAAAAUAAGUGUUUUGAGUACUUUCCCCACGCGCCUAGAUGGAGAACGUACCGUGCGGAUACGAAUAAAAACAUUCUGUUGACGAUAUACGACGAAGAAGUGAUAAAACACAACUUGACGCUAAAAGGGAUCGAAGUCAUAUCCAUGUAUCGUCAGAGACUAACCGUAAACGGAACUGUAACCGUAAACUGAAAACGGUGACAGGAUUGUCACAGUAUCUGCUCUAUCCUGCAAAAUUCACCGAUUUCGGUAAAUACUCAGCGCACGUGAUUCAUACCGUCGAGUAAUGAAAAAAGGCCGCGCAAAUGUAGAAAGUGUUUAUUAGACGGACAUAUAUUCUCCAGCUGCCCAAAUGACUGGGUUUGUUGAACAUCCAAUCAGCUUGGACACAAAGCUUCGGAUUGUCUUUAUAAUAAGGACAUAGAAUCAGAACCCAACGCCGAUUCUGAUACUGGUUCCGAGCAAUCCAGCGACUCUAAUGCAUCUCUGAAGUACAUGUUAAAAGCUUUACUUUCGCCGUUCAAGCGCAAGGCCCGAGACCGGGGACAACAAUAUCAACAUCUCCAUUAGCAUCAUCGGGAAUAGGUCGUGGCUCUAUAUUACAGAAUUCUAUGGGGGAAAGUAUUCUUUCUUAUACUACCCUAAACAAGGACAAACCUCAACUUGUUAAAGAGCGUUCACCGCCAACACCCGCUGACGAGUACAGGGAGAAAUGUAACGUUUGCUAAUGAUUGCUGUAUAUUUUAAUGUCACUUGGAACAUUGUUUGUUUUACAAAUGGAACACAUUUGGACUUUCAUGUAAUUAAGAGAUUAUUACAAGAUUGUACAUUAAUAACGUGGGCAGUAGGUCUUCAAAUCAUUUUUUUUCGGAAUUCAGUGCAUGAAUGAAUGCAUAAAUUAUGAUACAUCAUUUAAAUGGUAUAUAGUUAAUUAAAAAUGUAACAUGUUAUACCGUAUUACUGGUGCACAAGAAACAAAUUUGACAUGGCCUUAUAAAUUUGUAAGCGUUGUGUUGAAUUUUGUAAAUAGCAUACUUAUAAUUAUUGACGCUUUACUAUGUAAGCGCGCAAAGAACUCAUGGAAAACACGAGAAACAUUCAAAAUAGUUUAGAUAAUUUCAUAGUAAUUGCGACAUUUGGGUGUUGCGAUCAACAAAACAUACUUAUUUCUCAAUGUAAUACCGGUCAUGUUUGUGUCUGCAUCUGUAUAGUACAUGUAUAUAUUUUACACAGAAUUCAACUUCAUUUAUUUUUUUAAUUUUAUCAAGCAUUCACAUACAGAUGCAGUGUACUUACAUGUUGCGGUGCAUAGGAAAUUGAUUUUUAAAAAUUAUGCAUGUAUGUGUAAUUUAUAUAAAGUUAAUACAAUUUAUGUAAAUUUGUUUUAUGUCCGCGUACAAGAUUUGUAAAGCAAAUCUGUGAUGCUUAAAACAAAUAUUCUAAGAUGUUAUCAAUAUGUUAAUGUAUGUUCAUUAAUCUCAAUGUUUUUGAUACAUUCUAUUUAUAUGUUAACGAAACCACAAUUUUUUUUCACAAUUUAUACAUGUACUUUGGAAAUUUACUUUCGUUCUAUGCUCGAGUACAAUUGCUUCCAAAUCCGAAGCUUUUAUAACAUAUGGGACAUUACAAGAAAGCUACGUUUUGAUAUUACAUUUUCGAAACCUUUUGUUUCGCGAUUUCGUCAAGGCUUCAAGUUUGUUUGUUUGUUUCAUUAUUUUACGCCUAUUCCCAACAGUAAUUCAGUCAUAUAGGCGGGUAGUUUCCUAACCAUCGUUCCUGGAGAGUUACACCAGUACUAGACUACCUUCCUCCGCGCUAAACUACCAAAGCAUCUCCCGGGGAUCGAACCCACGCCAGAGAGGUAACUGGAUUCGAAGUCGUCGACUCUAACCCCUCGACCACGACGGCGGUACAAAGCUUCAAGAAUUAUGCGUUUAUCACAAGCGUGCACAUUGUACAUGUCAAGUUACAAGAAAUAUUUUACAUAUUUCAAUUUAAUAUGUCAAUCAAUUUCUCAAUAUGUUUAUUUAUAAACUUCAUUUUGGUUUCCUAAAUGUACAGGGAUUACGUGCGAAGCCCAAACGUUUACGAUUUUUAGAAUGAGUAAAUCAACAAAAAUUAGAUAUAUCAUUUCUCAAAGAAACUUACUUUACAAAUGAUAUGUUGGAAGAUGUUUAAACUGAUUUUAAAGAGUAUCACAUUUACAAUGCAUUUGGACCUACGACUCACUCAAAAGGUUGUGCUAUAUUAGUUCGCAAAAAUAUGUGCAUUAAAUAUAAUGUCAUAAACGAUAUAAUUGACGAAGAGUCUGGGAGAUUUGUGCUUUUAAAUAUUGACAUCUCGGGAACAGUUUUCUCCCUUUUGUUAACAUAUACGCACCAAAUGACAAACGUUGUAGAAAUAACUUUUUCGAACUUAUUAACAAUAAGAUUGAAGAAGAAUCAUUAGGCUUAAAAAUUAUAGGAGGUGACUUUAAUGAUGUACUCAACGAAACAGACAGGUAUACUCAUUCCAACUCGCGCCCUAAAUCAUCAGAAAAGCUUAAAAAUCUAAUACAUUCACAUAGUCUAUGCGAUAUCUGGAACCUUAAAAAUAUAAACAAAAUGCAAUUUACUUGGAAACGGACUAUUGGCGCGGAAAAAAAGUCGCGUUGAUUUUUGGCUUAUUGAAAAAAGCAUGUCACCUUAAAUCGCCAGCUGCGACAUAAGACCUGCACACAAAUAAUGUAUACUGACCACUUAGGUAUCAGUCUAAAAGUAAAUAUUCCUAGUAAUCGCGGUCCAGGUUAUUGGAAGUUGAAUAAUUCUCAUUUAGAAGAUAAUGAAUAUAAAAAUCUUAUCAUAAAUACCAUUAGUUCUGUUCAAAAUGAAUUCAAAUCUCAUGACAUUGAUCAUAGAACAAUGUGGGAAAUAUUAAAUACAGCAUUAAAGAAAAAAAUACUUAUUUCUCAAAACUUAAAGCUAAACAUAAUAGAAACCGAUUAAAGAGUUAAGAAAAAAGACUUUCGCAGCUAUACGAAACAUUUCAUUCGCAUAAUUCAGAUACAUUACUUAAACAAAUAAAAGAUUAAGAAAUCGAGACGAUAUAUAUAAAUAAAGCACAACCUUUGAUAAUUUUUCGGGAUAUGUGUGUAUAUAAUUUUAUAUACAUUUUUCAGAAAUGUUUGCUUGCUUUGUAUACAAUUUUAUGUUAUAUUAUAACUUUCAUAUCAGCAUUGUUUUAUAUGUUUAUAUGUCAUUUAUUAUUAAAUGGCCAUUUCACAAUUUUAUGUUAGUUUGAUAACUUUCAUAUCAACAUUGUAUUAUAUGUUUUUCCGUCAUUUAUUAUUAAAUGGCCAUUUCAAUUUCAAA